AUGCACCCCAAGUCCUCGUCGCAGCUCGAAGAAGAUGCUGCAGGGACAGAGACUCCGUCUGGCGUAAGUGAUACCAGUGCAGAGCAUGGUCUAGCUUCGCCGGUGUUUAAAGCAUCAGUUGUCCAGCGUGCAGCCAGCCCUCAGUUUGCUGGCUCUGCCAAAGAUGACCUGACAUUUAGUGCUAAACCAGACACGCUGAGAAUAGAAACGAGCUCGAAUGAUGGCUAUCAAACGCCUAGCUCGCGAUCUACCUUGCGCCUCUCUUGUAUCCUCCUUGCUCUCUUCCUAUCACUCUUUGUGGCUGCCCUCGAUGCAACCAUAGUUGCUACGGCAGUUCCGGUCAUAACGCAUGAGCUAUCAUCAGCGACCGGAUACUCCUGGGUUGGCGGCGCAUAUCUCAUUGGCAAUGCUGUAGGAAGUCCAAUCUGGGCCAAAUUGAGCGACAUUUGGGGCCGAAAGAUGAUUAUGCUAAGCGCUGUCAGCAUUUUCUUCGCCAGCAGUACUGUUUGUGCUACGGCCACGACUAUGAGGACACUUAUAGCCGGCCGAGCAUUGCAGGGUGUAGCAGGUGGUGGUCUGAUACUGCUUGUCCAUGUGGUGAUCAGUGACUUGUUCAGCGUCCGAAAGAGAUCCUUGUUCAUGGGAAUAACCGAAGGCGUCUGGGCAGUCGCUGGUGGCACAGGACCCCCUCUGGGAGGUCUCUUCAGCGACCUGGUCUCCUGGCGUUGGUGCUUCUACAUCAAUCUACCUAUUUGUGGUAUUGCCUUCCUACUGCUCUUCUGUUUCUUAGAUGUUCGACAUGAAAAGACCAGCUUCAAGACAGGGCUCAAAGCUGUCGAUUGGUUCGGGAUCAUCAGCUUCUUAGCCUUCUCCCUUAUGGUUCUUCUGGGUCUAGAUUUCGGCGGAGACGUUUUUGCUUGGAACAGUGCCAAAGUCAUCUGCUUGAUCGUGAUCGGAACCUGUAUGCUCGGCGUCUUUAUCUACUCAGAAGCUAAGCUGGCGAAGCAUCCCUUGAUCCCAUUGGCACUUUUCAGAGACAGGAGCAACCUGGCAGCAAUAGGCGUUGGGGCUUUCCAUGGCCUUGCAUUCAUGCCAGGUGAGUACUAUACGCCGCUCUACCUUCAGGGCGUCAAGCAGUAUUCUCCUGUCCGGUCUGGUGUGCUCCUCAUCCCGCUGGUGGUUGCUACUGCAUGCGUUGGUGUUCUUGCCGGCGUCAUCAUCCACAGAACAGGAAGAUACAGAGAACUCAUCUGGGUGGGUGCAUUUCUACUCACUCUAGCCAACGGCUUGUUUAUCAUGUUGGAUCGUGAUACUUCACUUGGCAAAUUCAUUGGCUUCACCAUCAUCUUUGGUUGUGGUUCCGGCAUGCUUUUCGAAGCACCACUUAUUGCCAUCCAAAGUCGAUCGAGGCAGGAAGACGUUGCCACCGCGACCUCGACAUUCAGUUUCUGUCGUUCCAUCGCCCUUUCAGUCUCAGUGAUUAUUGGCGGCGUUGUCUUUCAAAAUGGCAUGGACGCGCAAUCCGGUAAUCUCAGCCGAGCCGGUCUACGAGCAGAGGCUGUAGAGGCAUUGAGUGGUAAGGAGGCAGCCGCCAACGUUGCUUUGGCGGGUCAACUGACAGACGCCAUGCAACGACGUGCAGCUGAGCGCGCUUUUUCAUGGGCAAUGCGGAAUAUGUGGAUCAUGUAUACAGUUCUGGCGUUCCUAGGACUGCUUUGUGGUGUCUUUGUAGCGAAGGCUCAGUUGAGCAGGUCUCACGUCGAGACAGUGACAGGAAUUAAGGCCGAGAAGUCAGGGACGACCGAAGACAUCGAACUGACUUGA